AUGUAUGUUGAGCUCAUAACUAUCUUGGAGGGAACUAUAUAUGCUGGAUUUCUUGUACCUGCUGCAAACAGCUUUAAGAGUCGUCUCUUCUCCAAAAUCUUGAAUCCUGGCGAUGUGUUUGUGAUCCCACAAGGUCUUAUUCACUUCAGUUAUAAUGUGGGACGUACAAAUGCUACUGUACUCGCUACUUUGAAGAGUCAAAAUCCUAGAUUCGUCAUGAUUCCUAAUUCAAUAUUUGCUUCAAAUCCGCCUAUUCUCGAUGAUGUUCUUGCCAAAGGUUUCCAGCUUGAUAAGAAAGUGAUUAAGCAACUCCGAAAGAAAUUCUCCUAG